ACUAUGCCACCGGAUGUCACUGCUGUGAAAAGCCUGGAGCGGUCUCUUUGUGAGGGACUUCAGCAGGAAGUGCCUUCCGCUGUGGAAGUGAAGGGGCUGCCAUUUUACCGAGCUUACGCGUCAGAAGUGAUAAAUGGGGAUCAAGGUGAUCCAGCUCACCUCAAAAUCUCACCAUGAAAACCUUCUGGCUUCCCUGCAUCAAAUGAGGAUGCAGGGGCAACUGUGUGACGUAACGGUCCAAGUGAACUACCAGGAAGAGGUAGAGGAGUUUCAAGCCCACCAGCUGAUUCUGGCUGCGUCCAGCGGGUAUUUUCAGAAGAUUCUCCUCUCCCAGGACGCAAACCAAGCCAAGUUACAGCUCUCAAACAUGCACUCGAGUGACUUCACAAAGUAUCUGGAGUUCGUCUACACAGGUAAGAUAGAGGUCGCCAGGAAUAAGAUUGGCGACGUUCAGGAAGUGGCGCGAUUACUGGAUUGCGAGGGCCUGUCGGUGGUUUGCAGCGACGCCUUGAGCGCUGGAGUUCUGGAAAGGCCCAAAAGGAAAUCCUGCGACUCCAAAAUCAAAGACGGAGGAGUAGAAUUACCCAGCGCUGAAAAGGUCGAUGCAAAGAAGCAACCCCUUAAGCGGCAGCUUUCGUCGCAGAGCCCCGAGAAACAAGACUGUAAAAAGAAGCGGAAGGCAAAAACCUUUCAAAGGAAAACGACCAAGCAAGUAAAAAAGUUGAAACUGAAGCUGGCGGGCCGCAAGGUGCUCCAGAGGUGCUUGCGUUACUCUUUGAAAGAGGAUCCUAAAGAUAAAAACCAAACGAAUGAAUCUGAGGACAGAACCGGAGAAGAUUCUGAACCAGAGAAUGAAGAAGACUUAAAUGAGGAACAGGAGAAUAUCGAGGGCAGAGCCUCAGAUGAGGCGCAUGACUUGGACUUUGAGGAAGAUGCACAGAGUAACGAUCCUCAAGACUCGUUGUAUGUGGACGAAGAGGAGGAGGAUGACGAAGAUGAGGAAGGACAGUCUGGGGAGGAAGUUAAAAGGAUAUCCAAGGCCCAGUUCAGCUGUAACAAGUGCCAGCGGACUUUCCAUUAUGAGAAAAGCUACUUGAAGCACAUCAGCACAUACCAUGGAGUGAAAGCACACGUCAUCCACCGCUGUGAGACUUGCAUGCAGACCUUCGCCAACAGCAGCAAUCUGAAGAUCCACGAGAAGCACGUCCACAGCAACGAGAGGCUCUUCACCUGCGAUUCCUGCAGCAAGACCUUCAAACGGAAGAAGGACGUCGUCCGCCAUAAACGACAGGUACACGAAAGGAACAUGAGGCAUGUGUGCUCCGAAUGUGGGAAGUCCCUCAGCUCCAGAGCGGCCUUGUUGCUUCACGAGAGGACGCACACGGGCUUGAAGCCCUACGAGUGCACCGUCUGCGGGGCCAAGUUUACCCAGAACUCUGCCCUCAAGAUGCAUCACAGGACUCAUACAGGGGAGAAGCCCUAUGCAUGUGAUUUGUGUGACGCCCGGUUCUCUCAAAGGCACAUGUUGGCCUAUCACAAGAGAUCACACACAGGGGAAAAACCUUUCAUGUGUGAGUCCUGUGGUAAAAGCUUUGCAUCCAAAGAGUACCUGAGGCAUCACUCUAACAUCCACACGGGCUCCAAGCCGUACAAGUGUGAGCACUGUGGCAGAGGCUUCGCCCAGAGGAACUCUCUCAACCAGCAUUUAAAAAUUCACACGGGUGAGCGUCCGUACAGCUGCAAGUCCUGUGAUAAACACUUCACUCAGCUCAACGCGCUGCAGAGGCACCAGCGGAUUCAUACGGGAGAGAAGCCCUACAUGUGUGGGCUCUGCAAACGCACCUUUACUGACAAGUCCACCCUGCGCAGGCACACUAUGAUCCAUGGCUCGGAUGCGCCGUGGAAGACCUACCUGGUUGUGCUGGAAGGAAACGUGGAAGAGAAGAAGCCCAAGUCUCCUACAAAAGAAAAGGGAGGAUCGGAGGAGAAAAGGAGCACGGCCAACAGAAGCUCUUCCUCCGCAGUUGCCACCGUUCACGCCAUUGACGAUGAAGACAAAAGCAGCACAGAAACUGUGGUGGUUCCGACUGAGCCGGUGACUCUCUCAGCUGACUGGGCCAGGCACGGAGCAAUCACUCUGGUCAGCCACGGCGGCGGCGGCACCAUCGCCGUCAUCCACACUGAGGUCCCGCCGGGGACGCAGAUCCAGCCCAUCGUGGCCACCGGGAGCACAAACACCAUCACGUUAGACGGUUCGGCCAUCACCGUGCCUUUUUCCAUCCCGGUAUCCGUAGCUCAGACGUUGUCCUCUGAAGCUCCGUCCGGCUCUCUGUCUCUUCCCACGCUCUCUGUCCCCGUUUCUGAGACCUUGUUGGCGUCAGACAUCUCCACCGUCUCUGCGACGUCUCUGCUGGAAGCAGCUGCCGCACAGACGGUUUUAGCCCCACCUUUGGAAAACAAGCCAACCUCCGAGAGCGAUAAGUUGCUCCCGGAUAUAGAGACUGUGAUCGUUGGGGAGGGGAUUCGUGGAAAAGAACAGGAACAACUCCUGGACGAUGGACAGAACAAGACAGCAGAUUAGCAGAAACCACCAAAGAUCAAAGCUCUGUGUAGAAGAAACUUUCUUUGUGCUGCGAUUAAGGAUUUUGCAGCAAUAUGACAUAAAGGCUUAUGUAAAGCUUUUGGUGUCAUUUAAAAUCAAUAUUGUACUGAUAACAGCUGUGCAUUAUUACAAUUUAUUCUUACUACUUAUCAGACUGUAAUAGUGGUUAGGUAGCAGGUGACGCUUUGUUUGUUUUGGUCCUGGUUUAUUUGCCCUCUGUGCAAGCUUUUACCUGAUUUGUACAUAUACAUUACCAUUUCCUCUCCUUAUUGUCAUAUCUUACCUAUGUACGUAAACAAAUUUCUCUUGGUAGGUAAGUAUUUUAGUGAAUUAUGACGAUACAUAUUUAAAAUUGCUUACAUUUCAUGUAUAAUUUAAUUGUGAGAGCUUACGCAACAAUUUGGCCCCAACAUUCAAAGGCGAUGAAGAAUGUGUAUCGCGAGGGACCAAAAUGUAUGUCUGGAUUUUGAAACAAAAUAAACAGGUGAUUGACAUGGAAGCUCACAAACACCA